UAAAAGUUCUUGAACAAUAUAUAGAUUUGAAGAAAUAUAUAUGAAGAUUUGAAGAAAUAUUAGUCAACAAAGUGAUGAAGUGUUGAAAACUAAAUUCAAAGGUCUGUUGAAGAUAAUGCAAAUACGUGCACGAGAUCCACCAGAAAGUUUUUUGUUCCAUUGAAGUGAAAGCAAAUCUUGAUGCUGAUUUCAGCCCAGAAUUGGUUGAUUUUCCGACGAUUCGGCUACCCAUUCCCUCCAAAUCAACCAACAUUAGACUCAAACCGUGGCACCCAUCAAUCUCUUCCCCUUAAUUUCAUAUUCAAUCGAUUCAAUCGAUUCUGCAACUGACCCCAAAUGGGGUUCCUCCGCCUCUAGAAUUUGAUUACACAUCUUCUGUUUCUAAUCCAAUCUUGUUCAUGGCGAGGGAUACACCCGUCGCCCACGUUGAAAUCAAGUGCCAUUCUCUUCGUGAGGACCCGGAAUUUCAACCGGCGGAUCAACGGCCUUUGACGGCGCCUGCCAGAUUACGGCCGUCGACGAGUUUUACGGCCGGAUUUGAUCUGUUCCAGCCGUUUAAGAAGUGGGUUUCGUGGUUGGUGCCGAUGUUUGUGGCUGCGAAUUCCGUUGUGUUCUUUAUUUCUAUGUACGUUAACGAUUGCCCUAAGAACUCUGCCUCUUGCGUCGGUAGAUUUUUGGGCAGAUUCUCGUUUCAGCCACUUAAAGAGAAUCCCCUUCUUGGCCCUUCUUCUUCAACAUUAGAAAAGAUGGGUGCUCUGGAAGUUGAUAAAGUGGUUUAUGGGCACCAGCCAUGGAGACUGAUCUCUUGUAUGUGGCUACAUGCAGGGGUGUUCCAUAUACUUGCUAAUAUGCUCAGUCUUGUUUUCAUUGGAAUUCACCUCGAGCAAGAAUUCGGUUUCGUUCGAAUUGGGAUGAUAUACGUUGUAUCCGGGUUUGGUGGGAGUUUGUUGUCGUCUCUGUUUAUUCAGUCGGGUAUCUCAGUAGGUGCUUCGGGUGCUCUCUUUGGUCUCCUAGGAGGCAUGUUGUCGGAGCUCCUUACGAAUUGGACAAUAUAUGCAAAUAAGCUUGCAGCCUUGUUGACACUCCUCUUCAUCAUCACAAUCAAUUUGGCCGUGGGAGUGCUUCCUCAUGUUGAUAAUUAUGCUCAUAUUGGAGGAUUUAUCUCGGGUUUUCUUCUCGGGUUUGUGUUUUUGGUACGCCCUCAGUUUGAAUGGGUUAGCCAACGAGAUGCACCUCGUAGAUAUAAUUCAAUUUCGGUAUCUAAGUAUAAGCCAUAUCAGUAUGUGCUAUGGAUUGUGUCUCUGGUGUUACUGAUUGCUUGGUUUGCAGUUGGUUUGGUCUUUCUCUUUAGAGGGGAAAAUUUGAACGAUCACUGUUCGUGGUGCCAUUAUUUGAGCUGCAUUCCCACAUCAAAAUGGAACUGCAACGCGCAGAGGUUCACUUGUGAGUCGAGUCGACUGGGGAAUCAGCUGAACAUGACGUGCCUAAGCAACGGGAGAAGCGGCUCCUAUUCGAUAGCCAGUAGCUCCCCGGAGCUACAACAGAUAUGUUCUCAGCUCUGCAAUUGAUGUGUGUUAGUAAAAGACAUAAAAGUAGAUACUGA